AUGAGGGUCAACAAGCAAGCCAUUAUCAAAUUUAGGAUUGGCAAGUACCAAGAUGAGAUUUUAUGUGAUGUGGUACCCAUGCAAGCUUGCCAUCUAUUGCUUGGAAGACCUUGGCAAUUUGAUGUUGAUGCCCAACAUAGUGGGAGAACUAACAAGUACUCAUUUGUGGUCAAGGGGAAGAAGUACAUUCUUAUCCCACUAACCCCUUACCAAGUGAGUGAGGAUUAUAGAGUGAUGAGGGAGCUUCGAGAGAAGUAUCAAAGGGAAGAAAAGGAGAAGGGUGAUAAAGAGACUUUGUUGGUCAUAAGUGGAGAGGGGACAUCUCAAGAUGGUUCCAAGAAAUGUUUGUUGGCUAAACCAAGUAAUUGCUUAAAAGGGGUUGACGAGAGACACUUCAUGGUGUGUCUUGUCAACAAAGAUCAUCUCCUAAAUGCUAACCAAGCUACUAGCACGUUGCCUAGUAGUAUGUCUUCUCAUUUGCAGGAAUAUUAA